AUGCUGGAAAGCAGUGGGAACAUCCAGACAGUACCAAAGGGGUCCCACUGUCAGGUUCUGUUCUGGAACAAGCUUCAGUUUGCUCACAGCUGGAUCCUUAUAGACCGUUGUGGGAAGCACUUUGGAACAAUUUUAAACUACCUGCGAGAUGACACAAUUGCACUUCCAAAGCACAGGCAGGAGAUCAAAGAGUUGAUGGCAGAAGCCAAAUACUAUCUCAUCCAGGGCUUAGUGGACAUGUGCCAAGCAGCCUUGCAGGACAAGAAAGACCUGUAUGAGCCAGUCUGCAGCAUCCCUAUUAUCACCUCUCCGAAGGAGGAAGAGAGACUGAUAGAGUCAUCACUGAAACCUGUUGUUAAGCUGCUUUAUAAUAGAAGCAACAAUAAAUACUCCUACACCAGUAACUCAGAUGACAACCUGCUGAAGAACAUCGAGCUGUUUGACAAGCUCUCUCUGCGGUUCAACGGCAGAGUCCUGUUCAUCAAGGACGUGAUCGGGGAUGAGAUCUGCUGCUGGUCCUUCUACGGGCAGGGCCGCAAGCUGGCCGAGGUGUGCUGCACCUCCAUCGUCUACGCCACCGAGAAGAAGCAAACCAAGGUUGAAUUCCCCGAGGCACGGAUUUAUGAGGAAACACUAAAUGUCUUACUGUAUGAAACCCCACGGGUUCCUGAUAACUCCCUGCUGGAGGCCACGAGCCGGAGCCGGAGCCAGGCGUCGCACAGCGAGGACGACGAGGGCUUCGAGCUGCGCGACCGCGUGCGCCGCAUCCACGUCAAGAGAUACAGCACCUACGACGACCGCCAGCUCGGCCACUAGUGCUGAGCCAGGGCAAGCCUUGGUCAGGCUGGGCUCAGUGUGCUUGGAGCAGGAUGAGGCAGCAGGGAGGGAUCACUCGGGCUCCGGGGAUUGAUCUUCAUUUGGCAUCUUGGCUCCCUGGACGGGCCAAUGGGCGUUUGUGCGCACAGAGCAACACUGAAGGCUUGGAGAACUGAGGUGUGAGUUCUGCACCACGUGCUUUGCCUACAGACUGUCCCCUCUGCCUGCCAGGGAGGAGUGAGAUUUGUAACACUGGUUCUCAGUUUGGGGUUGCUUUCCUCUCUAACAACUCGCCGGUUUCCCAUUUCCUGCGAGCAGUGAGGUGGCGCGGUUUGAGAAGCUUUCUCCAGACACCUGCCCCUCCAGGGCCUCGCAUGGUGGAACGUGCAGUUUUUACAUCGAGAUACUGAAGAGAGAACUUGAACGUGGCUACUCUUGGCAGACACUACAUGUGAUAACCCCCAGGAGAAACGGUUGGCCAGCCAGCUGCCAGCAGUCAGGUGCACUGCACGUGUGCUUUCUCCCACCCCUUUCCUCAGUACACCUGCAAAGGUUUGUGUUCCAGGGCAGCUCCCUUUAAAAGUCACCGAGUCCAAGGCAAGCUCUCCCAAAAGUGACGAAAGCCAAGUCAUCAAGCAACCUCCCCUUGUGGAAAAUGAGAAGUCUUUGAAAAUUUAAAUAUGUAUGUAAUGACUUGUCCUGGGAGAUGGAGAGAUGGGUAUGGAGAGGGAAGAAGCUUCAAGUCAGCAAACUUGAGCAGAUUGUGGUAGGGUUGCCCUUGUUGAGGCUUGUGAUAGUGAAAUUCUGUUUAUGUAAC